AUUAAUGACAUUCCGGUUUUAAAAGUUGCCAGAGUGGCUGCAGAUGCUGUCCACUUUGUUACUUCAGAAAUAGCACAAGAUACGGAAGUCAAGGUUAUUGUAGACUGGUCAAGGAGAUUUGAUCAUAUGCAGCAACAUUCAGGUUAUUUGUAGACAGCUUUUAUUGUUAAAUUGCUUCCUUACUUACAGUAAAAUUGUAUUCCAGCCAGAUACAAAAAGGAUCCAGUAUUAUUAUUAUUAUUAUUAUGAAUAUUAUUGGUGGUUUUAUAUAUAGUGGUACCCCAGCCUAGGGCUGGACUCACCACGCUGUACAUACAAUUACAAUUUAACAAACAUAAUCAUGAACUUAAAAAAUUAAUUAACAUUCAUUAAUUAAAUAAAACGAAACAAAUGUAUAAUCACUCCACCCAUUCAAGAACUAUUUACAUAUAAAGCCAUGGACGGCACCCAGCAGCACCGUUUAUCGGUUAGAGGGGGCACUCAGGAUAGUAGAGUUUAAAGAGAUGCAUUUUGAGUGCAGUUUUGAAGGCUGUGAUGGUCGGUAUAUUGUGAAUGUGUAAUGGAGGAGAAUUCCAUUGUUUGGGUGCAAAGAAAGAGAACGAUCGUUCACCGUAUGUUUUUGUGCCAGUCUUGGGGACAGAAAGAAUAAGCAUGUCUGCGGAGGAGCGAAGCUGUCCAAGGGGUGAAUAGAAAGAAAGAAUUUCAGUUAGAUAGGAAGGGCACGAAUUCGAGAAAAAGUUGUGGCAGAGAACAGAGAGUUUGUAGCCAAUCCGUGCUUGUACAGAGAGCCAAUGAAGUGAAUAAAGUAGUGGUGUGAUCACGUUUUUUUGCCUUUAGAACUAGCCUAGCAGCUGAGUUUUGAACCUUUUAUAAUUUUUCUAAGAAGUGUUUUGGUGAACCUGACAGAAGAGAGUCAAGACGAGAGAGAACAAGAGCAUAGACUAGGGUUUUUGUUGCACUAACUGUGAGGUAGUGGCAAAUGGAGCUGAUUUGAUGGAUAACGGUGUAUGCAGAGCAACAAAUGUGAGAGAUAUGAUUAUCGAGAGAAACCGGAGGAUGUAAACUGUAUGUCGGAGUUACUUACUUGAAAUGAGGUGGGGAGAACUGAGUUAGAGGAUGAUUUGUGAUCAUGAAUUAGGAGUGCAUCCGUUUAGUCAUCGUUAAGCUUCAACUUGCAUGUCUUGGCAUCACCAAUGCUCUCUCGCAAAGUAUGGACUGCGGAAUCGACAAGAGAGGGAUGGGUAUGCUGAUAUGGCUGCGUGUCAUUCAAUUAUACCAUUAUAAAUGGUUCCCUUGGUUACUGCCUUAUAUUUUCUUUUAACCCCUUUUAUAUUUUCUUAAAAAUUAUGAAAAUAAUGUAAUUAUAAAUAAUGAAUGUUUGACUUUUUUUGCUCUUUGCUAGCACAGCACCUAAUUACUGCCAUCACACAUCAGAAGUUUGGUUUCAAGACCACUUCAUGGUUAGUCAUUAAGUCUUUUACAUUCUUUAAGACAUUAUAAAUCUCAGUCUUAAAUGCUACAAAGGUGUAGACUUAUUGAUCUUGACAAUGUUCAUCAGGACCAGCACUAAGGACUUAGAUAGUAUGUGAAAAAUUCUUAUUGCCCUAUUCACAUCCCAGAGUAAAAAAAUUGUUUAAAUUAAAAAUGUUAAUUGCUAAAUACAUUUUCCCAUCUUGGUGCCUGUGCAAUGGCCAUGCAUCUUACCCAACAUAAGCUGGCCCUGGCCUCCAUAGUAUGUCGCUAAUAAAAUGUAUUAAUGUGAUGUACUGGUAUGGUAGUCUAGAGUCUGUUUUUUUUCAUUUCCUGGUCUUAUCAUAGAACUGCAUUUAUAAUUUAUGUGUUUUUAUUUUUACUCUGUAAAAGCUAAACCAUUAAUCUAUGAAUUCCAAAAUAUGGGUAUAUCUUUAAAAUGCCCUUAAUUGCUUCAGAUUUUUAGAAUCGUAGAUGAGUGAUAUACCGUCUCUGAAAAGGCUUAAAAAAAUCUCUUUUAAUAGUAGUAUCAUUUGUUAAUCCUUUUUAUGUUAUGACAAACAUAUUUUUAGAUCUUUGACCUUUAGACUUUGGUUUUUAUGUCCAUAAAAAGAGACAUCAUUUAGUGGCUGCCCUCUCAGACAAGUCCUUUUGUUUAACCCCCCCCCCCCCCCUCCAUAAAUAAUUGUUUUUUCUUUGUGUAUCCGAAGCUUGCAUUAGACUUAAACUGAUUCCAUCCUAAGUUUUUCUUGUUUGUAAAUUUGUAGUCAGUUACUGUUUUACGUGUUUAUCUUUGCUUGCCAUUGCACACGACGUCAGCUGUUUCAUGGUAAAGGUACCAGUACACACUGUAAUUCCAUACAACCAAACAUUCAAUUCAACACUUUUUUUUUCUUUUUAGGAACCUAGGGACAGAUGCAGUUUUCAUUGAACUAGACACACCUGUAAUUACAGUGGACCAAAUCUUGGAGAUUGAUAGAACUGUUAAUGAAAGUAUUAGAGACAAUAUAUCUGUGACUCCCAUAUUAUACAGUGACAAAGAUGAUCCUGAAUUAAAGAAAGUUAGUUUUAUAGUUUAUUAGCUUCUUAAUCUUCGCUAAAAUUAUAACCUAAAUGUCAGAAUAAUCUGUUUGUAAAUGUUCAGUAAAACUUAAAUAAUUCUCUUUCAUCAAUAAAAAUCAAAUACGGUACUUUAUACCUAUUGAAACUUUCAAUUUUUCAUGUGAAAAAUGUGUUGUUUUCUUUUAUUAAAGGCCAGGGGCUUGGGUUUACCAGCAGACCAUGUGGGGCCUGUCAGAGUUCUAAAAAUAGAAGGCAUUGAUCAAACUUUGUGCUGUGGAACUCAUGUAUCAAAUCUUUCUCAUAUCCAGGUUUGUCACAAAAGUUUGCCUUCUUUUCUAUUCUUCUACCACGUAAACAAUUAAAAAAGAUUUAUAAUUUGUAAGCAAACAUUUUUUUAACGCCUUUUUUUACAACGGGUUUUUGCUUGGUUUUUCACUGGAUUUAGAAAAAAACUGUUUGCACAUGUUCAAUAAUGGCAGCGAAAUCUAUUCAAUGUUGGUCAAGAGAAAGCUUAAAUCCUCUUUGUUGGUUUAAAUGACCUGUUGCCCAAAGUUUGGGAAUGGUGGCACACCUGAAUAAGGAAUCAGAGCUAAUUUUUUGGCUUUGAUCAGUAUCUACGUAAUUUAGCUAUUUCAUCCUCAACAUCAUUUGCUGAUAGUGACAGAUUUAUACGGCAGUACCUGGCUUCUGCCGUACUUUUCCACUUUCCCCCAACCCACCUUCGUCUAUCAAAGUAGCAUUGACGGCCAAGCACCUUUUUAUUUUUCAAUAAAGCACUGUAUCCAAUUACAAAUAUAUAGAAGCCAGUUCAUCUACUUUUGGAAGGGGCCUUUUUUAGACAUGCAUUAAUAGUUAUUGUACACAUUAUACUGCAUGUUUAUGUAUUUAAUAUGGCAAAAUGGUACUGUAAGAUUGUGAGAUGGUAAAUUGCUAUUCUGAAAUGAGAUUGUACUAUUUUGGAAGUUGCAGGGUAAUCAGGUCUGACUUUCAAAGCAUCAAGUCCUUAUUUAAGAAUGUGGCCUAACAAAGUUUAACUUUAUUACUUUGUAAAUAGUUCAAAAUACACCAAAAAAAGUUUGUUUUUUCUCAUAUGAUAUCAGUUUAAUGGUGUUAGAACAUAGUGUAGCACAGACAGCUUCUUAUUCUUGAAAAAAAAAGAGAGAAAAGAAUCUUUGUCUCUUUCAUCAGGCCAUCAAAAUUUUAGGAGCUGAAAAGGGGAAAAAAAAUAAAAUGAAUCUGAGCUUUCUAGCGGGAGGUAGACUGUUACAUUAUGUGGAGUCAAGUUUCAAGAGGGAAAAGUUGCUGACAGGGAUUCUCAAGUUUGUUAAUUUGACUAAAGUUUAACGUAACAUCCAUAUCUUCAUAAUACUUCUACUGUUAGGCAUCAUAAUUCAUCAUGUAUAAUUUCUACAAAAUGUAAAUUAUUUAUUUAAGCUCUGAAUUAGUCUCUUAACAUUUAAUUUUAACAAUUCAUUUUAAUAUAAUUUAGUCAGAUUAAAAAUAUUAAACUGUUGUUUUUUUUGUGUUUUAAUAUUCUUUUAUAACAAAUUCUUCAACUUCUCUUAGAUAAUACUCAUUUUCUGUCAUGGUAUCAAUUUUUUAAAUACAAAACAACCUAGCCAAUUUAUUUUUUAAGUAAGUUUAAGUUUGAAAAUGUGUAAUACAGGGGAUCAGCUGACCAACAUGCUGACCUUGCUGACAAGGCUGUCAAAGGAUUCAAAGCCAUGCAAAAGGUAUUACAAAAACAUUUCACAGGCAGUUCUGUUUUUUCUAAUAAAUAAGUCAUAUAUUGCUCAUGUGAUCGAUAAAUGACAUCUUGGUGCUAAUAUUUUUUUUUUAGCAUUGGCCAUUUUUAAUGGUAAGGUUCUUGCUAGAUUGUUUGAGCUACCCUUUGUUAGUCAAUUGCUUAUGCUAUAUAGCUAACAGUAUUCAUUUCUUUGUCUAGAUGUGUUUUAACAGCAAUAAUCAUAAGAUUAAAUUCUAUUCAGGCUUGCAAUCUCCAACUAAGAGAGCUGGCAACCCUUGAAGUGGCCAUUUUUAAACAAUCUUCACAGAAAGAUAACUUAUUUGUUAAACAUAGGUAAGAACUGCAGAUAAUCUCUCUCAAUUAUCUCCUUUAAAAUAUAUUUCUUUAAUACAAAUUUACAGUUACUCCAACCCUAGGUUACCAUGACAACAGCUUCUCUACACCUUUGGGUACUAUGACAAAAGCUUCUCUAGCCCUAAGGUACCAUGAUUAAUUAGCUAACUGCAAACAAAACAACACUGGUUUAGACUGUCUCUUUAUAUCUUACAAGAAAAAACAACACAGCUGGGACAAGUGGAGGUAUUAUUUUAUUGGCUCAGAUAAAGCAAUAGAUGAAUAAGAAGAAGCUAAGGUAUCCAUGUGAAGCCAAAAAAAAACAACUGAAUCAAUUUAAGUACGCUUUGAUUCUUAUAAACAAUGAUGGGAAUUUUCUAUUAUUUUAUGGAACUUGAAUACAUUUAAAUUUACCAAUUAAAAAUAUGAAUAUGAUAACAAUAAAAUAUAUCUGCUUAUAAUUAAAGUAGAUAACGCAGUUAAUACGGUGAAUUUACAUUUAUGUUAAUUGUCCAAAUAACUUCCAGCGAUAUCAAAUUAAAAAUUUUGCUUGAACUCGUUGAAACAAAAAUUAGAAUAAUCUUUUAAGAACUUAAUUUGAACUGCAGAUCACAUGCUUUAACUUUCUUUGAUUUGAAUUUACUAGUGUGUGACACAACUGAUGUUUUGUCCACCUGUUUAAAAAUACAUUUAAUUUAUUGCUUUUAAAUUAUUAAUAUACCACAUGACAUUUUAGCUUUUUAUACUUAACAUUUUAUGUUUUACUUAUUUUUCAUUCCAAAAAUUUGCAUCUAUCAUAUUUAUAAGUAACUGUAUGCAUAUUUAUACAGUUUAAAAAAUAUUUUAAAGAAGGAAAUGCAGUUCAAGUUCAAGCCAUUAUUAAAUACAAAGUAAAGUCAAAUAAGAAUACCACUCACAAACUCACUUAUGACUCAUCUAAAUAACAACAAACCAUAAUCUGGAGUUGAAAUUAGUGCAUAAUUGUUAUCAAUAUCUCAAAAUUCAAUUAUUUAACAGAUUUGAACUUUGUUACGGGUAUAUAUUUUUAUGUUAAAUAAAUAACCAUAAUCCUUAAAUGUAAGGCAUUAUGGGUUAAACAUUUUUUUUUAGGAAAUGUGAAACAAUGUAUGGUAAAAGUGGGGUGAGAUAUUAGAAUAUUAAUGUAGUUCACGGACAUGCAAAAAAUGUGCGGUUGUGUACACAAAGGGUUACCAUCCCGUGGCUGAUUUUAAUGUUUAUUAAAACUUGGGGGGGGGGGGGGGGGUUGCCGUUGCCAUUCUUUUAUUUUGCCCCAGGCAGCAUAAUAUACACCUUAGAAUGGAGGAUUGCAUUUGAUUGAUAAUUACGGUAACCUUCUUCCGUACACAGAUAUCAGGGGGAGGGAAUUGGAUGCAUCCAUUUUUCUGUGGAUGAUAAUACAAAAAUAUCUUUAAAUUCUAUGACAUGACAGUCUUGAAAACAGGUGUUAGAUGUUCUUUUAAACUAUAUAAUGAUAUGUUAUAUCAAUUCAGAAAAUAAAGUUCACAUUCAUUGACAAACAGUCGGUACAUUAAUCUACAGGGUGGGCCAGUAAAAGUGAGAACAUCUUGUAAAAUGUGAUUUAAUCACAUCAAAUUUAGUUUAACUAUACCCAUACUAGCUUAAAGUUGUUGAGAAGCAAGGAGGACACAUUGAACAUGAUUUCUGAUUUGCUAAAUAUCUUGCAAAAAAAAAUUCCAUGAAGAAUUAUAAUUAAUUAAAUUAUAUUUUGAAAUAAAUCAUAUGCAACGAGAUGUUCUCACUUUUAUUGGCCCACCCUGUAUUUAUACCCAUACCUCAAAAGCCUAUCAUUUUAAUCUUAAAAAUAUAUCAAUUUUUUUUUUUUCAUUUACAAUUAAGGGACAUGAACAAAGAUUGGUGAAGAUAUUCUUUCCAAAUAUGAAAUAUAUGUUUUUUCCACUUUGCGAAAAGUAAAGUUCAUGGAAAAGUGGGUGUCAAUUUUUAUGAGAUUAAUAAUAUUUAUAACAAAAACUCAAGGCUGUUAUGGGGAUGAAAAUUGGUUAAGAGAUUUUUCUUUAGAUUAAUUAGAUGUAAGAAUUCAAAAGUUUGGUUAAAUUUUAAAUGAAGAUACCAAUAUAUCAAAUUUCAAAGAUGUUAAAAAGAUUUAAAAUGGUAUAUUGAUUUUUAUUAAGGAAAUAUUUUUACUAUUUUUAGGGAAAAUGUUUUUUUGUUUUGUUUUUUUUUUCAUUUCUGAGGCGAGAAAAGGGGAAGGGUAGGCCCAUAUUAUUAUAUAGCAGAUAAAUAUUUCUCAUAUCUAAAUGAUGUUGGAAACGUAAACAUCAAAAAUCAAUACAUAGGUAGGUCUUUUUGAAAUAAGGAAAGUCUGAUUAACUAUUUCCCCCUAUACAUUUCAACAUGGAAUUUUUUUUUUCUGAGGAUACAAACCCGAUUCAUUUAUAUACUAUACCAUCAUACCUAAAAAUGUGAUUUUUAGUUGUUGAGACUUUGAAAUAGCAGGUAGAAGGUAUCCCAAAAUGCUUACGAUUAACAUCUGGUCAUCUUCUACGAUUAUAUUGAGAUUCAACAUCUUAAUUUUUUACAGAAUGGAAGGAAACAAUGAUUACAUUAGUGUGUUAAUUGGGGAACUUGGAGAUGAGGUAAGGAGCCUCUUUGUCAUGCUGGUAGUUAAUGCUUUUUGAUCAUAUGUCUAUGCAAAUUUUGACAAGUGGGAAGUUUCCCUGCAGGUCAGCACAAAGUUACCCAACCUGUUCUUUGUAAAAUGUAAAACACUGGUCUGUGCUCUUGUUCUCUCUCGUCUUGAAAAAGUUUAACUCUUUUCUGUCAGUGUUCACCAAAACAUUUCAUGGAAAAACAGCAGAAAGUUCCAAACUCAGCUGCUAGGUUAGUUCUAAAGGCAAAGAAACAUGAUCACGUCACUCCACUACUUCACUCACUUCACUGGCUCUUGAGAAUUCCAUUGUUUUGGGGCACAGAAAGACAAUGAUCGUUCAGCGUAUGUUUUUGUGCGAGUCUUGGGGACAGAAAGAAUACGUUCGUCUGCAGAGGAGCGAAGUUGUCGAAGGGGUGAAUAGACAGAGAGAUUCUUAGUGAGAUAGGAAAGGGAGGAAUUUGAGAAAAAGUGAGAGAGAACACAGAGUUUGUAGUCAAUCCGUGCGUUACAGGGAGCCAAUGAAGUAGAGAGAUUAACACUUUCCUGAUGGGGCAUGUUUUGAAUUUUUCCUAAAUUACAUUUUUAAUUUUCAAAUUGCUACAAAUGUUCAAGUACUUCUUUGCAGGGAUGUUACUUUUUUUAAAAACUGAUUUACUGCCAACUGAUAAAUGUUAUGUUGAUUUCCAAUUGGGGGGCCAUCUAUAAAUGAUGUCACACAAAUUUUGCUUAUUUUUCACCGUCCCAUUGUCACAAACAGCUAGACACACUCUCAAAUAUAAUGUUACGAACUUCUGCAACCCCCACCUAUAAAAAAAUCCCUCCGUCCACUACCGUCCUUUACAAACUUUCUAGAUCCUAUUUUAAAAAUAAAAGAAAUUAAAUUUAAAAAGUUCAAAUGUCUGUAAUUUAGUGUUAUUAAGUGCAUAUUUAAUGUUAUGUCAUAUUACUCGAACACACACACACACACUCACCACCCACCCCCACCCCAAAAUGUGACAUCAUUUAUGGGGGGUCCCUUACUAUUAUUAUUUUUUUUUAUUGAUUUCUAGACCUUGCCCAAACUAAUCACUGCAGGGAAUGAAAAGGAAGAUGGAAUAUUUGUGUUGGCUGGGUCUGAUGUGCUGUUGAAGGAUAUGGGAAGCAAGUAAGGAUGAAUAAGCGUGUAUCUUUUCAUUUUCAUAAUAUUUAAAACCAUUUAUCAUUUAACAUUUUAAACGGAUUUUGAACAAAAUUUAUAGAUUUCCUAUACCACUUUUACAAAAUUUAGAAGAUAUAUGAAAAAAAGUGGAAUAAAAUUAUGUUAAGCUGUUCAUAUCAGAGAUUAGUGUUAACAGAGAAGUACAAAUAAAUAAUGCAAAAUGAACUUUGCCCCUGUAUUUUAAAUGAAAAAUCAAGAGAUAAGAAUAUGCAUUUCAUUAAGGCGUUUAUUAAUGAUCUUGAAAUAUUUAACCCAGGAUCUGUGAUGUCUUAGAGGGAAAGGGAGCCCUUAGCAAAGGAAUGUUCAGGGGAAAAGCAUCCAAACUUUCCAACAGAGACAAGGCUGAGAAAUUGCUUCGGGAGUAUUUGAACCAGGGACCACAAAGAGAUUCUUUAAAAGAGGACUAAUUUAUAACUACUCGUGUUGUAAUCUCCUUGUCAAAUAGAAAAAUAAUUCCACUUCAAAAAAUUUCUUGCAAUAAAAAUGCUUUUAUUAUAAAUGUUUUAAAGCAAAUUCAGUGUCAGU